AUGUCGACUGAGGCUACCAAUGAAAACCUUCAAAUUUUACUGACAAAAUUGAUGACAGAUCGGUUUUGUUCCGGUGAAGUGAAUGACAUUGAUGCUUGCGUUCAAAACUUUGUACCACAAGCAAGUGAUGGUAGUUGGGUGGAUCAAAGCAUCCACAGACGCGGAAUGAAAAAAUGUGAGCCGUACCGCGAAGUUGCACGCCGAUGUUUGGAGGACGAAAAAAAACAGAAGAUGGUCUUCAAGGCGGCUACUGAAGUUUCCACAUGUCGAGAAGAAAGAAGAAAGUUGGAGAAAUGCCGUUAUGCCGGAGGCGAUUGCGAACAGGAGGCACUUGAGGUUUUGUACUGCGGAAUGGUGGGACUCAUACAAAGGCAGCGUGGAAGGCAGGAACAGCGCCGCUAG